AUGGCGAUCAGCAACUUCGUUAUCACAAUAGUGGGACUCGGGGCCGUGGCCUACCUCAUGAAGUCAGACAUCAGGGGUUCCUCGGCCAUGCUUCGACGAAACCUCAAGCACAUCAGGGGCUGGAUGGAGGAGCAAGGAGCGGCUGCAGAGUGCGUUGUUUUGGCAGGAGGGAGGUUUGGUGAACAUCGCCUCAAGGGGUGGUGGUCCUCCUUUGCUGCACUCAUACAGGGAGGAGGGUAA